AUGAAGUACGUUGCCAUCUGCUCCGCACUUUAUGACUAUCAAGCGCAAGUAGAUGACGAAGAACUAUCCUUCAAUGCGGAUGAUAUCCUGUACAUUCUCGAGAACAAUGACCCGGACUGGUACAAAGCUCAAUUAAAAGUACCUUCAGCGCCUGAUGGAGGUCCUAUUGGUAUCAUCCCCUCCAACUAUGUUGAAAAGGCAAAGCCAAUUGGCACUGUGAAAGCAAUCUACGACUACCAGCCUCAAUCCGUUGAAGAAGUUGAACUUAAAGAAGACGAAGUACUGACCUUGUACGAGAACGACGAUCCAGAUUGGUUUGUCGUCGAGAAAUCAAACGGUGAUAUUGGUUUAGCUCCGAGCAACUAUGUGGAGCAACAAGAACAACAAGGAGCUACUAUCAACAACGUCGAGAAAACUCUACCAGCAGUGGCCAGCGCUUCGCCCUGGCUGAAUACACCUGCUACUACCAACACAGCAUCAGCAUCACCCGUUUUGAAUCGCAGUGAUUCAGCACUAUCUUGGUCCGUUCAUGAAUAUGAUGUAAUUAAGAAGAAGAAGACUAAAUCCAAAGGUAAUUUAUUGGUGGGCAACGGCAUGUUUUGCUAUGGAAGUGAGACGGACAAAUCAUCGCCUGUGCGUCAAUUCCAAGUCAAUCAAGUCCUGACAGCUUCUAUCGAUGGGAAGAAUGUACAUAUCGAAAUGAACGAUGCUCAACACUCUGUAUUCGACUUUCAAACAGCCUCUCAAUCAGAGGCUAAAGGUAUUUUGGCAAAGAUCGAGUCUUCGAAAACAGCUUCCAACGCCGCUGUUGGGUUGGCUCUACCAUCACCUGCAGCUAUGACAACUAGUCCAUCGCCUGUUUCAGUUCAUACACCUUCGCCCGCACCCGCACCCGCAACACAAGUAUCGCCAGUCAUUCAAGAACCCGCCUCUGCUAAUCCUACUCCAGCAUGUGAACCGAAAUGGGCUAUUGCACUGUUCCCUUUCAAACCUGAAGCCGGCGAAGAAACCUAUUUGGAAGAACAUGAACAAGUGCUGAUCACUGAUUAUGUCAACAGCACGGAUUGGUGGACGAUAGAGCACAAAGAUGGCACAGCCGGUAUCGUCCCAGCAAAUUAUGUGAAAUUCCAAGACGAGUACGAAGCAGAUUUACGGGCCGAAGAAGCAGAGGAGGAAAAGAAAAGAUUAGAGGCUGCUGCUGCCGCUGCUGCAAAAGAAGCAGAGAUGGCUGCCAGACAAAAACAACAAGAAACGGAGGAAAAGGAGAGGAAACGCAAACAAGAGGAGGACCAACGUGAGCAGCAAAGACAAAAGGAGAUGGCAGAGCUUAAUCGUCAAAGGGAUUUGGAAGAGAAGGAGAGAGCACGACAGGCUGAAGUAGACCGAAGACGCAAAAUGCAGGAAGAAGCCAAGCAGAAAGAGCUUGAUGCCAAGAGACAGGCUAAUCUUGCAGCCACUGCGAUGGCUUCCCCUCAGAUGGGCGGUGGAUCUCCUAGACGCAGUCAGAUUCCUGCACCACCACCACCCAGUCAUACAGCACCAUCGCCUAGUUUGCCCACAUACAACCAACAGCAGCCUCCAGCACCCAAGCAUACGGAUCCGAAUAAGCCUGAUCCCGCCAAGGUGAGAAUGUGGACAGAUCGCACAGGCGCCUUCAAAGUGGAAGCCCAGUUCCUCUCAUGUGCCAACGGUAAAAUCAGACUGUUCAAGACAAACGGCGUCAAGAUCGAUGUGCCCACACAAAAGAUGUGCAUCGAGGAUCUGAAAUACAUUGAGCAAGAGACGGGUAUCAAGCAAUACGAAGAUACAAAUGACAAUAUACCACUUGCUCAACUCAACAACAACAGCAGCAGCAGUAAAUUCUCUUGGUUUGACUACUUCAAAAAGGCAAAUCUUCCUCACAGUGCUUGUGUCGAGUACGCAGGCAACUUUGACGCCAACAAAUUGACAGAGCAUGAUGUAGAACGUCUCACACACCGCAAAAUGAAGCUGCUGGGAAUGUCUGAAAAGCACGUUCAGCGUAUCCAACGAUUUAUCGAGACAAACCAAGCGGAACCACCAUCUGACAAUGAAGGCACACAAUCUGGCGGAUUAGCAAGACCCAAGAUGAAGGUCAAGAAAUCAGUGACCUUUGGUGCUGUCAGUUAUAUUCACGAAGACGGUGAUAGCGAUAAUGAAGACGAUGUGCAAUGGCAGAUUGAGCAAGAUGAGAUUUUGGCAAGACAAUUGCAAGAGCAAGAACAGAAUGGCGGUGGUGGUGGAAGCAGCUCAUUGCAUCGCCGUGGUACUGGAAGACCUACACCUUCACACUCUGCACCUCGCGAUGUUAGUUCAUCUGUAUUGACACCACAAAAGUUUGAGCCAUUGAAGCCUGUCCAAGCGUCGCCUGUUCAAUCUCUUCCUCAGCGACAGCAACAUCAACAACAACAGCAAAGAGAGAUUACGCCUUUGGUUGCGCAACCCGUUCAUAACAACAACACUGCACCUCCCAAGCCAGCAUUCGAAGAUGAUGCUUGGGCUCCUCGCGCUGGCUCGUCUCCAUCUGUUCAAGCAGCUAACGCAGCUUCUCCAGCAUGGAAUUCCGCCCAACAAAGCAACACCGUGUCACCCAAUAUCGCCUCGCCUGCGCGCCAACGACCUACACCACAGCUGUCUCAGCAGAGCAUGGUAGACCCUCAAUUACUAGCUAAAUGGGGAGGCAGCCCUGCUCUUGCUGCUGCCAACAGUCGACCCGUACCACCUCCACCAACCACAGCCACCAUCACAACGCCCAACACAAAUUUUGCACCUUUACAGCGCAGUGUUACUAUGCAGCCUCAAACAACAGGCUUCCAACCUCAGGGCAGCAUGACUUCAUUGCCUACCAUGCUGAAUCACGGAAGCACUGCAUCACUGCCCACAUUGCAACCACAGGCCAGUAUGACAUCCUUGCCUCAAAUGCAGCAACCAGCACCCGCGACACCUAAUUUUGCCAACAACGUCUUCCAACAACAACCUACAGGAAAUAGUUUUGCAUCACCAUCUGUACAGCAACAACCGCAAUUCACAAACAACAACAGUUCAUCCUCACUAAAUCAAUACAUGUAUCAUCAACCUUCUCCUCAAGUUGUUCCUUUACAAUCUGUAUUACCACCGCCACUUGCACCACAAUUAACUGCUAGCAGUUAUCAAUCCACAGUGAGUAGUUUUGGUUCGCCUCAAAUCCAACAUCAAACCACAGGUGCUGCAUCAGGUAGAAACUGGGCCAAUGCAACGCCUGAUAAUCCAUUUGGAAGUGGUGCGCUAAACAACCCUGCCAUGGUGCAACAACAACAGCAGCAACCAAAUUAUGGCAUUCCUCCACAGAAUACAGGUUUUGUGCCACAACAACACUAUGGCAAUCAUGCUCAAAUAGAUCCCACUGACAAGUAUGCCGUGUUUAAAACUGUCAAUACCUCCACACCCAGUGUAUUCAACAACCAACAGCAGCAACAGCAACCACCGCAACAACAGCGUAGCUUCUACUACUAA